AAAAUCUAUGCGGAGCAUCAGCGCAUCUCCGGAGAUGGCUUCAACGCCUGGCAGGCCUACAGCGCUUACUGUCGCCAGGAUGCAGCUUCCUACGUGGCAGGCUGUGGCAAUUCCAAUGCUCUGCAGGUGGCUGCUUCCUACCAGCAGCCGCAGCAGCAGCAGGUGAGCUAUCAUCAUCAGCAACAUCACCAUCAGCAGUCGUUGGCUCCAGUGCAGCCUCGGGGCAAGAUCUACAGCCGCUGUGAGCUGGCACAGGAGCUGUUCUACCAGCAUAAGCUGCCCAUGCAGCAGAUACCCACCUGGGUGUGCAUAGCUCAGCAUGAAUCCUCCUACAACACGGCUGCAGUGGGUCGCCUGAAUGCCGAUGGCAGUGCGGAUCACGGCCUGUUCCAGAUCAGCGAUCUCUACUGGUGCACGCACGACCAGCGCGGCGGCAAGGGCUGCCACGCAGCCUGCAACCAGUUCCUGGACACCAGCAUUGCGGACGAUGUGCAGUGCAUACGGCGCAUAUUUCAGGAGCACACACAGAUUUCGGGCGAUGGAUUCAAUGCAUGGACUGUCUACAAUCGGGACUGUCGUAAUCAGCGCUACGAGCAGGUGGCCGCCUGCUUUGCCAAGCCGCCUCUCGUAGCACCUGCCACGCAUCCCAAUGCCAUUGCCGGGGGCAGCAAGGUCAGCUAUGCCUAUCCGUUCGCGCCGCCUCAGCUGUUGGCGCCUGCCACGACACCGAAUCCCUACUACCGACCUACCCACAAGCAGAUCAGCUACCAAGCAGUCCAGGCUGUGUCCAGUUACCAGAGCAAUCCUUUCCUGCGCCCUCGCCUACCUUCGCCUACGUCACACACUCAGUCGCAUCCCAAUCUAAUUGGGAACAUUGUUAAGUCACAGUUUGCAGGUGUUUACAGCACGCCAGCAACGAAUCCUUUGUUCAGCUACAAGCAAUACACAACACCCAAACAGCAAACACAGCAGCUACACUAUUCAUACCAACAACACCAACAACAACACUAUUACACAACACCUAAGCGAGCUGGUAAAGUUUAUAAACGCUGUGAAUUGGCGCAAGAGUUGUAUUUCUCACACAAGUUUCCAAUGCAGGAUUUAGCUACUUGGGUGUGCAUCGCAGAGCAUGAGUCACGUCUGGAUACGUCGGCGGUGGGGCGCCUGAAUGCGGACGGCAGCGCGGAUCACGGUCUCUUCCAGAUCAGCGAUCUCUACUGGUGCACGCAUGGCGGGGGCGUCGGAGGCAAGGGCUGUCACAUCGAUUGCGACCGUCUUCUCGACUCGGAUAUCGCGGAUGAUGUGAAGUGCAUUCGGACAAUACACGAGGAACAUACGCGCAUCUCCGGAGAUGGCUUCACGGCCUGGACAGUGUACAAUGGACAUUGUAGGGAUAGAAGCAGAGCGGAGAUUGCGAGCUGCUUUGAGCCGAGUGAGUUGGAAAAGGAACCCGUGAAACCAGUAAAGCCAGCUUACAAUGAGUUGGUAAGAAAUCCCAAGCCCAAAGGCAAGAUUUACAGUCGCUGUGAGCUGGCACAGGAAUUGUACUACAAGCACAAGCUGCCCAUGCAGGAGAUACCCACUUGGGUAUGCAUAGCUCAGCAUGAAUCCUCCUUUAAUACGGCUGCAGUGGGUCGCCUGAAUACCGAUGGCAGUGAGGAUCACGGUCUGUUCCAGAUCAGCGAUCUCUACUGGUGCACACAUGGAGGAGGCCCUGGAGGCAAAGGCUGUCACAUUGAUUGUGAUCGCUUGCUAGACUCGGAUAUCACGGAUGAUGUCAAAUGCAUUCGGACUAUACAUGAAGAGCACACGAGACUAUCAGGAGAUGGCUUUACUGCUUGGACAGUGUACAAUGGACAUUGUAGGGAUAGAAGCAGAGCGGAGAUUGCGAGCUGUUUCGAACCAAAUGAGCUGCAAAAAGAACCCGUGAAACCAGUAAAGCCAGCUUACAAUGAGUUGGUAAGAAAACCCAAGCCCAAGGGCAAGAUAUACAGUCGCUGUGAGCUGGCACAGGAAUUGUACUACAAGCACAAGCUGCCCAUGCAGGAGAUACCCACUUGGGUGUGCAUAGCUCAGCAUGAAUCCUCCUUUAACACAGCUGCAGUGGGUCGCCUGAAUACCGAUGGCAGUGAGGAUCACGGUCUGUUCCAGAUUAGCGAUCUCUACUGGUGCACGCAUGGCGAGGGUGGUGGUAAGGCUUGCCACAUUGAAUGCGAUCGUUUGCUGGACUCUGAUAUUAUGGAUGAUGUGCAAUGCAUUCGCACUAUACACGAGGAGCACACGCGCAUCUCUGGGGAUGGCUUCAACGCCUGGACAGUGUACAAUGGACACUGUAGAAGCCAAAACUUGGCGCAGUUAAGUGAUUGCUUUUCAGGCAAUGAAAUUUCCGAGGCGCAGAAGGCCAAUCACUAUGAGAAGCAACCGAAGGUGCCUGUCCCGCAACAUCAGACUGUUGUGAAGAUCGCAGCUAAUCAUGACUAUGGCGCAAAUCCUUUUCUACAACGUCUAAGCGCAACACCGACUGUCAGACCUUCAACUGCCAAACCUGCAACUGCUAAGCCCGCAACGACCAAGCCUGUCAAGCCUCCAGCCCAAGUUGCUGUGGUACCUAACCAUCCUUUUGGCGCAAACCCUUUUUUGCAGCUGCUAAAACCUCAGCAGCAAGCCGCGAUAACCAAACCCGCAGAUCGACCUGUAACAUUUAUUGACCAAGCAGCUGUUUCAAAGUCCGAGUAUAAUCACAAUCCGUUUCUAAAGCCUUCUAAUACACAUUCAGCUAACACUAUUCAAGCCACAGUGCCAAAUAAACAAACUGCUUUGCCUAAUCAAUCUCCCGCCUAUGAAUCAAAUCCAUUUUUGAGUCUUGUUAGGAGGCCUGAAAGCGACAAACACAAAAUAACUACCACUUCUAAGCCAACAGUGCCUGCCAAAGCUACUCAUCAUCCAUACAUAAGCAGCGAUAGCUUUCGCCAGGAAAUUAUUAAAUUUACGGCCACGUCGUCAGCUUCGGCAGCCCAUCUACAACAAUCAAGCACAAAAACAACAGCUAUUACAACCAAGCCAUCAACAACACACAAAACGACAACUCGGUCAACAACAACAUCUGUUCGACCCUACACAACAGCUCGCCCAUUUACCACGGCUAGGCCAGUUACUACUUUGAAAGUCACAACUCGCGCGCCAACCAUCCGGAUAUCGACAACAACAGCGCGUGCGACACCAACAACCCGCCGUAUCACAACAACUACUGCGCAACAUGCAUCGCAUCAUACAACAAACACUCAGAGUACAUUAGCAAGACAAACAACAACUAGAUCCACUACGCGCCAAACAACUGCAAAGCCCACAGCUCGAAUUACUACAGUCAGAUCCACAACUCAAUACCCAACGACUAGAUCCACAGCUCGUCCCACAACGAGAGCAACAACGCGUUCCACUACGAUUGCUACAGCUCGACCCACAACAAGAUACACAACUCGUUCGACUACGAUAGCUACAGCUCGUCCCACAACGAGAGUCACAACGCGUUCCACUACCAUAGCUACAGCUCGUCCCACAACGAAAUCCACAACGCGUUCCACUACUAGAGCUACAACUCGUCCUACAUCCAGAGCUACAACGAGAUCUACAACACGUUCCCCAACAAUAAGGCCCACAACGCGUUUUACAACAGCGAAAUCUAAAACGCGCUCCACAGCAGCAAGAGCAACCAGUCGUUUACCCACAACCCGUUCCACAACGCUACCCACAAAAGCAAACCCCACGGUUCGUUCUACCUUAGUGAGUCUUACAACGCGUUCCACUACAGCCAAGCCCACAACGACAAGAUCUACGACACGUUCCACUACGAGAAUCGCUCUACAUUCAACGGCAACAAGACCCACACUUCGAUCUACAACAACCUGGCAUCAAUUUCCAGCAGUACCGACAACAAGUACAGCCCGCCCCACACUGAGAACCUCGACCACCUACAAAACAACAACACAUUCGCCUACAACAGCUCGCCCAAGCACCAAAAAACCACAUCCUUUCAUCGUCCCAUCGACCACGCCAAAACCCUAUUUGUUUACCACAACAAGACCACAAACAACGACGCCAACUCAUCGCCCCACAAUCACUGUAAACAGUUCAACGACAACAGAUCCAUUCGAUCAUCCAUUCUUUGCGAAAUUUAAAGCCGCAUUUGAUGCAAGUCGAACGUCGCCAUCUGCUGUCACAAAGCCCACCACGACGACCAGUUUGUCCAACCAAUCCAAAUUUACUGCCAGCCCGAAUUAUGCCAAAUUUCAGGAAAACAGUGCCAAGGUGGUAGCCAAAACGGCGUAUGACUACGAUUUUAGCCGGAAUAGAACAACGACCACGAUUCGCCCUUACUCGACCGACACCAGAAUAGAUCUAAGGUUUAGUAACGAGAACUAGAUUUAUGGUCGGGAAACUUGUAAAUAUGUGUAUAAUGCGGCUAGUUAAGUUUGUAAAAU